AUGAAGACAUGGAAUAUGAAGCCAAUGGGAAUUUCGAGCCAUGCUAGAGCACGCAAAGUAAAAUGUGAUGAGACAAAACCAGUCUGCAAUCGCUGUCUCAGCACUGGCCGGACUUGUGAGGGCUAUGGCGCCCAGGGAGGAGGAGGAAAUACUUAUCUUGAUCGGUAUGGCCGUCGCUCUCAACCAACUACCACUUCCUCAGAAGUUCAGCUUUCAAAACCUCUGGCAAAGUCCUUUCCAUCAGACGAAUUACGCUAUCUUGAGCUAUACAAACAGCGCGUAUCAUGGACAUCGUCAGGUUGGUUUGGGUAUCCCUUCUGGCACGCUACUGUCAUCCCGGCCCUUGCCUCUGAACCAGCCAUCUUGCAUGCCGUCGUAGCCCUGAGUGCGGCCCACGAGUGUAAUUUUAUUCCGGGCCAGAGUAUCGAUACAAGAGAGAGGUUCGUUUUGAAGCAGUACAGCCAGGCGAUUACCGCCUUACAGCCAAUGCUGGCGAGGACUAGUGAUACACAAGAUGUAGCCGUCGUACUGGUAACAUGCAUGCUAUUUACGUUCCUCGAAUACCUUCGAGGGCGUCACGAAAUCGCCGAGACACACUUGAAAAACGGCAUCAAAUUACUCGGCGACGGCAGUGUCCCUCGCUCCAGCGUCAUGGAACAAAGCAUCGUGCGCAGCUUCGCCGCCCUCGUCACGCAACGCACCCUCUUCGCCUCCGACUUCCACCUCUCCAACCCAGACAUCUUCCCGCACUCCCUCCAAACCCUCCACCUGCCAAACUCCAUCUUCGCAAGCCCCGAAGCCGCAAAAGACGCCCUAGACACCAUCCUCCGCCGCAUAACCCACACAGAGCACCUACUCCAAUCCUCCCAACCCCACCAACAACCCCCUUCUUGCUUCGAAAAAACCCAAUCCCACCUCCUCACCUUACUCGAUUCCUGGCAUCAAACUUACCACCGCACACAAGCCCAUCUCAACUCCUGUCCCCCCGAGAAAGAUACCCCGGCAUUCGGCUCACACCCGGGAGACUCACGCACACCCCUUUCCUACACUUUGCUCCUCAUGUCGCACAGCGCCGCCCAAAUCCGCGCUCACACCUUACUCGCCUCAUCCCCCUUGGAAUAUGCCGCACAUACGCACUUGUUCCACCGCAUACUCGCCUGCGCACGCACCAUCCACAUCGCCUACAGCACCGCCGUGCAGAUUCCGCAAAAUGUAAAUUUCGAACACUCGAUUUGCGAAUCGGGCGUCGUUGCCUCCUUGUUCUACACAGGCAUUAAAUGCAGAGUUAGGUGUCUGCGGCGUCAUGCGCACGCAUCGCUGAAGGCGGUACCGCGCAUGGAAGGUUGCUGGGAUAGCGCUGUAGUGGCGAAUGUGGUGGAGAGGGUCAUGGGCAUGGAGGACCCGGGGGUUUGGGAGGGGAGUAGAGAAGAGGAGAAGGAUCUAGGGACGCUGCUGGAAUUGGAGGAACUGGAAGAUGAAGAGGUGGUGGUAAUGGAGGAGGAGAGGUUGUUUCGGAGUGUGAGGGUGGAGAUGAGGGGGGAGGGCGGCAAGGCGGAGGUUAGGUGUGAGAGGGUGGGUGGGGAUGGGGAGGUCGAGGUUGUGGUGUUUGAGGUUGGUAAUAAAUGA